AUGCCACCCCCACCCACAUCCCUCUACACACUCUCCCUCGCUCUCGCCCUCCUCCUCACCCUCCUCGUCGCCGGCACCCUACGCCUCCUCGCCAUCCUACCCCCGCGCACACGUACACAAUGGCGCAAACGCCCCGUCGCAACACGCGUGCUCAUUGUGCUCGGCUCCGGCGGCCACACGCACGAAAUGUUCUACCUGCUGCGCGAUCUGGACACGAGCAAAUACACGCACCGGACAUAUGUGGUGAGCAGCGGGGACGCUUUUAGUGCGCAGCGGGCGGUGGAGUUUGAGAGGGGGUUGGAAGAGAAGGAAAAGGAAAAGGAAAAGGAAAAGAGACUUGGAGCACUGAGACAACAAGACGCGGCUAUACCGAGCGUCUCACUAAACGGCAAGAAAGUGGGCAAAGAUGAGGGGAGAAAGUGCACGGGUCCGGAACAUUAUAAUGUUGCGGUGAUACCGCGCGCGAGACGGAUUCAUCAAUCUCUCCUCUCAACCCCGUUUUCCGCGAUGCGCACGCUUCUGUCUAGCAUACCCAUCCUCCUGUCGUCCCCGCCUCUCCUCCCCAAUAAGCCGCCGAGCACACCAUACGAAUCCGCUGCGCAAGACCUGCCAGAUCUGAUCAUCACCAACGGCCCUGCGACGGGCGUCAUCGUCAUACUCGGCUCGCUGAUCCUGCGGUUUUUCAAUUUCAGAAGCGCGAAUAGUAGGGGCAAGUGCAAGACGAUCUACGCGGAGAGCUUUGCCAGGGUCAAAGGGCUGAGUCUGAGUGGGAAGCUGUUGAGUCGGGUUGUGGAUCGGUUUUUGGUGCAGUGGGAGGAGUUGGAGGGGAGUGGUGGGGGGAGGGGGGAGUUUUGGGGGGUGCUGGUCUGA